CUGAUUGGAUAAAAGUGCAAGACGUCACGAACAAGAUGGCUGCGCCCAUAGAAGUAAAAUUGAUCAGCUAGAGAAAUUUCUUGAAGAUAUUUACAUGCUGAGCGAUCAUAUAAUGUCUUUAUUUACAGUUAAUAGAUAUUUGGGGGAAUCCCCUGUGGAGUCUGGAGCAAGCCCAGGGCAAAGCAUCCUAGACAAGAUCAAUGCCAAGGCCAAGGCAAGAGAGGAACAACGGAAGCAGACACCGCUUAAACUAAAAGAGUCGUCUCCAGCCCAAGAGUCAAAGGUCAAACAUGCAACACCAAGGAGAACAGCCAAAGAUGAGUCGCCAUCUUCACAAACCCCUGGGACAGAUUCUGUCAAACGGAAGAAGAAGAAGAAGAAGUUGGUUGUGCAACAAGAAAGCAGUGAUGCUGUAGGGCAUGGUGAUGAUGGAGGGGACACGUUGUUGCCCCAGGUUGGAGAGAUGAUAAAAGAAGAUGAAAAGAGGGAUGAAGAUGUUACUGUGGCGGUUAGGGAUGCUGUGAUGCUUACCGCUAAAGAGAGGAAGCAGAGAGUCAUCGAUCAAGGACUCGUGCCGAAGGAUUCAGUCGUGACUAUAAAAAAGAAAAAGGGGAAGAGGAAAAAUGAGGAAGGGAAGGUGAAAGAGGGUGAGGACAGGAGUGAGAUAAGUGAAAUGUCAAAGAAAACAAGACUUGAAAUGAAAGAUGGAGAAUCGCUGGAUCUUUCUCCUUCUGGUACCAAAAGGAUAAAAGAAAAACUGAAAAAGAAUGUUGGGAAGAAAGAUAGGACAGACAAAAAUCAAACAACCAAAGAUGAGGAACUCAACAUGGUGAGUAAGGAUGAAAGCAGGAAAGAAGAAGAGGAGGAAGAACAAAUGGAGGUAGACAAGGAGGAGGAAGAAGAAGAUGGAGGAACGGUAGAAGAGGAGAAGGUAGAAUCAGAAGAUGACAAGGAACCACACAACUUUGUUAUACUUGGUGACUUUGAGAGGAAACACAAGAAGAAGAAGGUUCAAGAGGCUCUCCCUGAUUGGCUAGCCAGACCCUCUGUCAUCCAGCAGAGUCUGACUAACGACUUACAACCAGUCAACUCCAUCAAGGGUCUGGAUGAGAGACUAGUCACAGCAUUGGCUUAUAUGGGAGUGGAGAAAUUUUUUCCAGUCCAGCAGCAUGUGAUCCCCGUUCUCCUAGAGUCUCUGCGUGACGGCAUACACACGGGCCAUGCUGGGUACAGACCUCGGGACCUGUGCAUCUCAGCUCCUACUGGUAGUGGCAAGACACUAGCCUAUGCUAUCCCUAUCAUACAGGCUUUGAUGAACCGAGUGGUGUGUCGGGUGCGAGCUCUCGUCGUCCUUCCGACCCGUGACCUCGCGACCCAGGUCUAUAAGAUCAUCAGUGCGCUGUGUAAGGCCACACCCCUCAAACCUGUGCUGAUCGGAGGAACCAAGAAGUUCGCUCAGGAACAGAGUCUACUGGUCAGAGAGAUUGAUGGAGAACUUCAUUCUCUGGCUGAUAUCGUCGUGGCAACCCCUGGUAGACUUGUGGACAACAUCAGUCAGACUGCUGGCUUCAAUCUACAACAUCUUCGUUUCCUGGUCAUAGAUGAAGCAGAUCGUUUGAUGGAACACAUCUCCCAAGACUGGAUUGCUCAAGUUGAAAAAUCAGCUUACACUCCUCUGUAUGAUAAUGGAACAACCCUUCCAACAUUCACUUCUAAUAGACAGAGGCCUGGUCCAUUGACGAUCAAUAGAUCAUCAUCGUUUCAACUUCCGCUUCAGAAGUUGCUGUUCUCAGCGACGCUCUCCCAGAAUCCCGAGAAACUGACCCAGCUACGGUUAUUCCAACCCCGUCUCAUCACCACGGCAACAAGCAGUAGAGCCCCUCCCAUCUCGGCUUGGCACCUUGAUGGAGAGAAGGAAGGAGUGAAGGAGGAAGGGAAGGAGAAGGAUGAAGGAAGGACUGACUUUGUUGGAAAGUAUACAACUCCUGUUGGUUUAUCGGAAUACUUUGUCCAAUGUACGGCCGGUGAGAAACCUCUGGUUCUGCAGCAUUUUCUACUCAAUCUGUACUUCAAACAAGUCCUCUGCUUCACAAACAGUGUACAGACAACUCAUAGGUUGUAUCUCCUGUUGAAGCUGAUGGGAGACGUAGAGGUAUCAGAGUUCUCAUCUAAUCUCAGUCAAUCAGAAAGACAGAACAUCCUCAAACAGUUCAAAGCUGGCAAGAUUCAGAUCCUCGUGUGUUCCGAUGCGAUGGCUCGAGGAAUGGACAUUGAGAACGUUAGAUGUGUCAUAUCAUACGAUCUACCACCGCACCUCAAGACGUACAUCCACAGGGUCGGACGGACAGCUAGGGCGGGGCGGGGAGGGACCGCAUUCUCAUUCAUCAGAAAGAAAGAGGUCAAUGAUUUCAAGCACAUGUUGAAGAAUGCUGGUAAGGAUGGCAUCCAGCGUCACACGGUUUCAUCCAAUCAUCUUGAAGCUCUCGCGCCAGCCUAUACAGAAGCCCUCACCAAGCUCUCAUCCAUGCUGAGGGAGCAAAAAGCACAUCAAUAUUGAGAUCAGCAUGAGCAGUCAAGACGAGGAAAACAAGUCUGAAGGAAAAAGUUAGAACUGCCAUUGGAUGGGAAAAUCCAAGCUAUAUUGUCCAUCUUUCAAAUGGCAUCUAGCUAGAAUGCUCCCCAGGGAGUGGAGAAUGUGCACAGAUUGUGUGUGGGCAAGCCUUGAUCCAAAGACCGGGGUAAUAAUGUAUCUUUACAGCGCCUCGAAAUAUUGUCGAUGGAUUAGUCGCCAUCUAAACUCAGAAUUAUUUUCCCAUAUGUUGCGAACCAUAUCUAAGAUUUCAGGGUAUACCUGAUGACUGCAUCAAGCUGAUAGCCCUCAAAGUGUAAAGUUUAAGAUUCUUGUGAUAGUAUUCGAACUUAAACAUGGGUGCUGUAUGCUCCAUCAUAUUUAAAUGACCCUCUCAAACCUGUCAUUCCAUCACGUUCAUUCCGGACAACAACCCAUGGUGAUUUCUAAUACACCCUGGUCCCCUAACCGAUAUCGUUACGGUGAUUGUGCUUUUGUUGUUGCAGCCCCUUGAUUAUGAAAUAGAUUA